AUGGGGUGCUGCCCAGGGGACUGCUUCACCUGCUGCCCUCAAGAUCAAGACUGCUGUGAGGUGUGCUGCUGCCAGCCUUCCUGCUGCGGCUGUUGCGGGUCCUGCUGCGGGUCGUGCUGUGGCUGCGGAGGCUCUAGCUGUGGAGGCAGCUGCUGUGGAUCUUCUUGCUGUGGAUCUGGUGGCUGUGGAGGUGGAGACUGUGGAGGUGGAGGCUGUGGGGGCGGCUGCUGUGGAUCCGGUUGCUGUGGAUCGAGUUGCUGUGGCUCAGGGUGCUGUGGCUCAGGGUGCUGUGACCCUGUGUGCUGCCAGCCCACGCCUGUGUGCAACACGAAAUGA